GAAACAGCUUCUCUCGCCGCACAUUAUAUCGAAGGGCGUGACUAGCUGUUUACGGAAAUAAUAAAAUAGAAUUAUAAACUAACGAUCUCGGAGAUGUCGUUAUUGGAGUGGGUGGGUGAAUGUGCUGCCCCGUUAACCGGCUUCAUUUCUUAUGGUCGUAUUAAUAUUAAAUAAAUUAAAGAAUUGAAAAUCAAAGUAGCUGGAUUCUUCUAAUUACUUGCCUUUUUCCUCCUUUAAACGUGCGUAUCGCCCCUCUUUUUCUUUGGAAGGAAGGCUAACUUGCGUGUGGCUCUGUUCUGUUGUUGAGGGUUUCGGGAGCUUGUAAAGCUUCCGUUAAGUCUGUGCAAUCGUCGGUGCGAUCUUUCGAAGCCUCGAAGAUUUGGAAGAAAUUUGCAGCGGAGAUUUCGACUCUUCCGUCGGCAUAAUUGUAACUUGUGGUAAAUUGAGGUGUUAUUUGCCCGGCGGAGAACAUAAAGCUUUCGAUCGAAAGAAUGGCUCAAGAAAGCUGGAAUAGAGGCACCGAUGGCACGGGAUGCGAAGCCCCAGAAGGUAUAAAGCUUUGCGCGAACAACUGUGGAUUCUUCGGCAGUUCUGCAACGAGGAAUCUCUGUUCAAAGUGCUACAGAGAUCUCAUCUUGAAGGAAGCGCAGGCCACAUCUGCCAUGGCUGCCGUCGAGAAAUCCUUUGCCGUAGGCUCUGUAGCGACCGAUACACCGCAUGUGAGGCCGCAUAUGGAUGAGCCAAGCCGUUCGGAGCUUUCCGUGGACGUCGCGGGACCGUCAUCAAGUCAGGCCGUUGCAGAGUCUUCGUCUACGCCGCCGCCUCCUGAAACUCCCAAUCGCUGCUUUUCCUGCCGGAAACGCGUCGGUCUUACCGGCUUUAAAUGUCGGUGCGGAAAUACUUUCUGCGGCGUGCACCGCUACGCCGAGAAACACAGCUGCACCUUUGAUUUUAAGACCACCGGUCGUGAGACAAUAUCCAAGGCCAAUCCUGUUAUCAAAGCUGCCAAAAUUGACAAAAUCUGAAUGGUUUAGUGGUACUAUAUGUUAUUGAAACUUCGCAAUGCCCUUCUCAGUCUUUCCUGUAGUGCGGCUGGUCAAACCGGUACCUCUUCAAUGCAUAAAUUUUAAUUUUGCUUUUGCGCUUAGAUGAUGCCGAUCCAGCUUUGAUGGGGAGGGUUGCAAACCAUGGGGGUGAUACGCUUUGUAUAGUUCUGUGACCCCAGCAGGUCAGGGUUUUACCAUUUAUUGCUGCCAUUUUACAUUUUAGACUUGUCAAGGAACGCUUUUUUAUUAAGUUCUCCCAAUCAAGUAUAUGCAGAAGUUGCUUUUGGAUUGAAUGUAGUGGAUGUUAAAGAUAUAUUUGUAGCAGAUCAUCAUGAUGGUUUAUAGAAUUUUAGUUCCAAGUA